AUGCGUGCAGCCUUGGAGAUGAUGGCCUUUGGUCUCGCUCUUCUCUCAACCUUCUUCCUGCUCCUUGCCACGUGCACCGACUGCUGGAUGGUGAACGCUGAUGACAGCUUGGAGGUAAGUCACAAAUGCCGGGGGCUUUGGAGGGAGUGCGUCACCAACAUGCAGGACGGGGUCAGGACCUGUGACCAGUAUGACUCCAUUUUGGCGGACCACCCAGUGAAGAUGGUGGUGACACGGACUCUGCUGAUCUCAGCCGACCUCCUGGCCGGCCUGGCUUUGGCCACGUUGAUGCUCGGACUCGACUGCAUCAAGUUCCUCAAGGAUGAGCCUCGCAUCAAACUGAAGAUGUGCUAUGGGGCCGGCGGCAUCCUCGGCGUGGGGAGCAUCCUGGGCCUCGUGGGCUCCGUGUGGUACGCGGUGGAUGUCUACGUGGAGAGGGCCAUGCUGGUGUCGCGCAACAUCUUCCUGGGGGUGCACUACGACUUUGGGUGGUCGU